AUGUCCAGGGGCAACUAAUAGACCCUAGCAUUUGAGAGUUCUAUGCCCCCCUAAAAUAGGCUAAGCCAGGCUGUGAUGUAGCACAGAAAUAGAGGCAGGUCUAUUCAGUCUGCAGGAAAGCCUUACGGGUAUCUGCAAUAUCCAGGACAACUGCCAACUCUAGGUCUAAACAAAUACAAGAAUGUAGAGAUAAAUAAUGGAGAUAGCACUAAAAACCCUCUAAGCAUUUAAAAAGAAACGGAAAAAAUGCUGAUUGCACGAGAACGUGAAAGAGAAAAUAAAGAUCUAAAUAGAGUUUAAAAUAAUGUACUGCGAGUUUAUCAAAAGAGUAUUAAGACAAGAGCAAACAGAGCAGGAGUAAUCAGGGAAAUCAAUGAUAUCAAGCCAAGCAAAGGGAGCAAAUAUAGCACUGAGAAUUAAUUGAUGCUGAUGAAUGCCUCUCAUGAUGAUUAGCAGCAAUAAUAAAAUAAAAAAUUAAACAUCUUCGACGAGAACGACUCAAGCUUACUUAAGCAUGAGACACUAGCUAGACUAGGCUUUGAGGCUAGAGGAGCGAUAAUGUCAGCUGUAGAUGAAGACUCUGAAACAAAGUCACUUAGAAGUUAGCACUCCUCAUAAACUUAGCUUGCCUUUUAAAAGCCUAAGGCAUUGGAGUAUCUAUAAAAAGGAAGAGAAUAAAAGGAAUCAACUCGAGAAUUCAUUCUCAAUGCUAGAAACAUACUGAUAUCUUAAAUAGCUAUUAAUGAUAAAACAGAGGAGACUGAACGCUUAAAGGAGUAUAUCAUUAUGGAGAAAGAAAAAUUGGAGGAGGCCAAGAAGACCUUUGAUGAAGACAAGGACAAAUUUUAGAAGUAUAUGGAUGAUUUGAAUAGAAAAGCAGAGGAAACUGCUCUUGAUGUGUAAAGAUUAACGAAUGAGAAAAAUGAAAGGAUGGAGAAGAUUUAGUAGUUACAGAUCAAUAUCUAAAAGAAAAAGAGCAAGAUUAAGUAAAUAGACGAAAAACUAGUGGUGUUCAAGCAGCAUAAGUAUUUUCUGGAUACAUUGGCUAUAUCAGCUGGUAAGAAGCAACCAAGAACUGCGGCUCAAAGAGCGGAGUUAGGCCUUGAGGGAAAAGCUGAAGUCUAGAUGAGGUAAACAAGAGCUUAGAAGAAAGAAGCAAGUGGAAAUUUCUUCUUGACUUAGACUAACCAACAAAAUCCACAUGGAGUAAGAUAAAAGACUUCUAUGGAUAAAUAAGACCCAGAAAAUGAGGAUGCUGCUUUACAGGAUGAAGAUGAUGAUUUUGAGAUUUACUUUGAUAAGUUUACCUUACUUGAACACCUCUCACAUCUAGAGGAGGACAAUCUGUUCAAGAUUCAUUUAGUCUAGGAGGAUGAAUAAGCCUUAGAUAAGCUAAAGCGAAGUAUUGACUAUAAGAUUGAGAUGAAGGAAACUGAGAUUGAAGAUGUAAAGGCAAAUAUUGAGAUGCUCCUUUCAUCUAUGAAUCAACUAAUAAAUAAACAGUAAUUCCUGGACUAAACUAUGAGGGUUAAGUAAAACUCAAAUUAAUAAAACUAACUCAAUACCUCUAAAGGUGGCCAUUAAAAUGACAUGUCUAGAAUAUCUAACACUAUUUAAGACUCUUAUAAUGAUAAAGGUUCAGCUCUUUAAAUGCUGCAGCAAAUGACCGGUUGCUCUAAAGAGUAGAUAACUAAGCUCUCCACAUUAAUAUCUUAACUUCUCGAGAAGGCUGGAAUAAAGUAAGAAGAUCAAUCUGAUAAGAUAGAAAUGCUUAGAAAGAUCGACUAUAAACUAGAGUAGCUAGUAGAAGUAAGAGAGUAUAUUCACCAAGGAGAGAAGAAGAAGGAACUUGAAGACAAGGAAAAGGAACUUCAUAUGAUAAGAAAAGAAGAAAAUAUAAAGAAGAAGAAAGCCAUUGAAGAUAAAAAGCUAGAAGAGGGUCAGCGUAAAAAUAGAGAGAGGAUUAGGAAAUAAGAGCAGUUUAAGAUCUUUAGAGGAAGGAAGGAAAUGUAGAGAGCUAAAAAGGCUGAUCUCAAGCCAAAGGAGAAGAAUGACGAUAAGCCUAGUCAAGAAGUUUUAGAUCAGCAAAGAUAUCUAGGGGGUAAAAUAUUCGAAGAUGAAAGGAAGUGA